AUGUCUGAUUACCCAGGAUCAAAUAGUGAAGAUUUGUCACUACCUAAAGCAACAGUUCAAAAAAUUAUUGCUGAAAUCUUACCAAAAGAUAUUGCCAUAUCAAAAGAGGCAAGAGAAGCAAUAACGGAGUGCAGUAUCGAGUUUAUAAUGAUGUUAUCUACACAACUGAAUGAUAUUGCUGAAAAGGAAGCCAAAAAGACUAUUGCGUCUGAUCAUGUUGUGAAAGCAUUAGAAGAAUUAGAUUUCAACAAUUACCUUGAAAUAAUAAACAAGAUUCUAAGUGAACAGAAAGAGUUACUAAAGGGGAAGGAGAAAAGGAAUAACAAGUUUCAAAGUUCAGGAUUGAGUGAGGAGGAGUUGUUGAGGCAGCAGGAGGAGUUAUUCAAAAAGUCAAGAGAUCGUUUACAAAGUCAAUCCGGUUCGCCCCCACAUGAAGUCAAACAGGAAGAAAGCUCAUAA